AUGGUGAAGGAAUUUGGCUCAACGUCGUCUAGAUGCGCCUGCGUACGACUGCGGGAUCGCAGAGGACGUAAACUCUGGAUCGUAAGUGCCCAAGCACCUAGGGAAAUCGCUGAGAUCAACAGUAAUGACGCCUUCUACGAUGAAGUCAUUGCGUUGGUGUCUGAAAUGCCCAGCCAGCAGGUGGUCAUUGUCGGAAUCGUCGCAAAUGCGAAGAUGGUUCUUGAACAACAAUCCUAA